CUUAGGAUAUUUCAGAGAGCUUUCAAGUCCUUCUUUGAUCUUUCUAUAUAUACACACUUAACUCAUUCUUUCUAUCAUCAACCAACUACAACCAAUCCAAUAACUUGAUAUUAUUUAUUCAUUUUCAGAAGCUUUAGAAAGAAUUCAAAAAUUUCAGACAAACAAAAUGGCUUUGGUGAGAAGUCUGUUGGGUGCAAAGAAGAUUUUUAGCCGCUCCACCAGAGCAACCUCGGCGGCACCGAAAGGGUUUCUUGCUGUGUACGUUGGAGAGAGCCAGAAGAAGAGAUAUUUGGUGCCAAUUUCAUACUUAAACAAGCCUUCAUUCCAAGCCCUCCUCAGUCAAUCGGAGGAAGAGUUUGGAUUCGAUCAUCCGAUGGGUGGCUUAACGAUUCCCUGUCCGGAAGAUACCUUCAUCAAUGUGACUUCUCGGCUCCAAAGAUGAUGAGCCAACAUUUUUUUGUUCUUCCUAGAGUUUAGAAAUAGGGAUUAUUCAUUGUAAAUAGCUGAGCAUUUUUGCUCUUUCUUCUUGAAAGAGUUGUGUUAUAAAUGUUUAGAGAUUGGAUGCCAAUUUUUUUAUGGAGCUGACACUAUCAAAUCAAAUACAUUUUGAAACGAU